AUGAAUGACGGUGCACUUGUAGUUAUAAGUUGUUUAGUUCUGUUUUUCUCUUUAAAAUGGAUUUUUUCGAACCAUGAAACAACCAAUACAAGGCGUUUAAGAACUCGGCGAGAGGUUUCUCAAAAUAUGGUUGAGAUUAUUCAUACAAUGUUCCCAAAUAUCCCUAUUGAAUCGAUAGAAUAUGACCUUGGAAGGACAGGAUCGGUAGAAGCAACUACAGAGACACUUUUAACACAUGGGCAACUUCCAAAUCCACCGCCAUCUUUUAUUCCGCGUAUAAGCAACCUUAUUUCAGCUCGUAUUUCAUCUUUCGACAAAAAACCAACAACAUCUUCACACGAUGAUUUAAUUAAACGCUAUGAUUUGUAUGCUCGUAUUAAAGCGGAAGAAGAACGAUCCGUACAAAAACAAGAAGAAACAUACCAAUGGUAUCCAGAAAAAGAACAACGAGAAGCACAACUUCGUCGAAAACGUGAAACAAUGAUCCUUAGAGCUCGACGUAGCUUGAAAGAAAAGGAUAAAAAUGAACAGAAAACAUGCCUUUUAGAUGAAAAGAAUACAAUGUCUUAA